GCAAAGGUGAAGCAUCGACCUUUCAUUCGAAUUUGCCUGUUUUAAUGUGACGUUGACACGUGUAGUAAACACGACAUCCGGAACGACAGACAGAGAGGACGAAAAGAGAAAGGUGGAUUAUUGAAUGGAUCCCCCAUUGCGGUUGGAAUAUAUUGCUUUGUGUCUUAUCCCGCUGGGGACGAUUUGGGGGAAUAUUUGUGUGUGUUUGGCGGUUUAUCUGGAACGACGAUUAAGACAUCGGUUUAACCUGUUCCUCGUUUCACUGGCAAUUAGUGAUCUGCUGUGCGCAAUAUUGGUCAUGCCUGUCUCAGCAUGGCACAUGAUAGCAACACGCCCUCAAAACCGAAUCCUGUGCCUGGUUUCGUACAGUAUGGACAUAUUUUUUACUGCGACGACCAUCAUCCAUUUGUGCAGCAUUUCUCUCGACCGGUACCUUGCACUACGCAGGCCGUUUGGACGAAAUCGAGCAGUGCCAAAGAUAUUUCAAAGCUUGGUUUUCCGGAUAUUCAUGUCCUGGUUUGUGCCGUUCUCAAUAGCCGGUCCCCUAUUUGUCUUUGCAUUGAAAUGGGAACGCGGCGACGAGGAGUUUAUUGUCACAAUGACACCAGAAUCGGCGAAUAUAACCACCAGUAAGUCCUACAAAGGAUGUGGACCAAACGACAAGAGUUUUGUACUCACAGCCAUUGGAGUAACCUUUGUGCUACCGCUCAUUAUCAUGACAGCAACCUAUGUGCUCACUGUGAAAAUGCUCCGGCGUCAUAUGGCACAAGUAAAGGCGAUCCAACUGUAUGCGACCAGACCACGUCCGGUAUCGACUAGCUCGGUAUUAUGGUUGAGAAGGGACAACUCAUUCAGGCCGACUGAGAUAAACCGAUCAACCAAAGCGUGGUUUCGACAAGCCGAUCAACAAUCCACUAUUCCGAAAACCACGAAAUACAUGCCAGCCUCAGAUUCUGGAUGUGAUGAGAAGACGGUGAAAACGUGCAGCUUAUCAGACCCCUUGUCCUAUCAUAAUAGACCGGCCGAAAAUCCACCCAGACGUAUUCCGAUAGGUGUCGAAAACCCAUCUACGCAGGAUGAAGCUUCACUUAGUGGGAAUCGAGUGUGCGGUAAAGAUCCAUCAGACAAGUCAAAUGACCAACAGAGUUAUGUAAAAGCAUCGGAAACGCUAUUUCUCACAUCUACCGCAAAAAAUGACCAUGACAUAAGUGGCUUAGAACUGUCUUCUAACCACGAGCUAGGACUACCCUCACAAGGACGUAGAACAGAUAUUUCAUCGGCACAAACAACUACAGCCAUCGACCGUAUUCAUAGCGGCAAACGUGCAGUCCGAGUUAUAGCUGUACUGUUCGGAUUGUUUGUGACAUGCUACACACCAUUUUUCAUUGUUUAUACCAUCAGUGUUGUGUGUCCUCAGUGCCGAAGUUGGGCUGAGCCUGCCAUACCACACCUCGAGUGGCUCGGAUAUCUCAACUCUAUGCUUAACCCGGUGGUCUACCAUUCUUUCAACUCCACAUUUCGUCGAACGUUUCGUCGCAUAUUCCAGUGCGCCUGUAGGACACCACAUGAGCACCAUGCAAUCUGGAGAAGCCGCGUCAGAGUGUAGUAUCAUGAAGGUCCCAUCCCUACGCCUACCUCCCCGGACAGCCUGAUGCUGAGCGGAGGAUGGUAAAGAGUUAUUAUUAUGCUACUCUGUUAUUUUAGUGAUAUCUGAUUUGUC